AAUCAAUCAAUCACGGCCGCCCCCCGUGAGGAUGCCACUUGCGUUGGCCUUCUGCCUUCUGCCCCGAGCUCCAGUUUUUCUCUCUUCUUUGUCCCUUUCCCCUCUUCUGCCUUCUGACAUUCUUCACGUCCUUUCACUGUCGUUCCCAUUGUUUUGUUCCCCCCAUUCUUCGGCCGUUGUUGAGUGUUUAUUCCCCCACACCAUCUGUAGUACUAUAUUUAUGAUAUCCGCCUUGUAUACCCCGAAAGUCGUGGAGGACCACUAGGCCCCCGUCUGCGGUGCAAAAUCAUCGCUAUAUAGCCAUUUCUCUAUACCAACUGAGCGAUCCUUUCGCUUUGGAUUGAUUGCAGUUCAUUUACUUUGACUGUGCUAUCAUCAACGACCGAGUGGUCGGAUGCGAUCACAGUGAGGUGAAUACUAACACGCAUCCCAAACACACCUCCAAUCGCCGGCGGAGCCUCGUGAAGCGGAGCAACUGCUGCGUGUUACACUGCAAGCAUGGCCAACGAAGGCUUUGGGGCCCCUACCAAUGGGGCCCAUUCGGCCCCGUCGCACAAAAGGCAGCCAUCCCAUGUCGUCAAGUCGGUUGCUCCAGACUACUACGAGGACAACGACUUCUAUGCCAACUCCACUACUUCAAGACCGUCGCCAGCACCGUAUCCGGCAAAUUCCAGCCGCGUCCACAGCCACCACAGGUCUCGUUCGUAUUCUGCCAGAAGCAAAAGCUACAGGAGAGACAUCUACCCCGAAGACGAUAUGGAGUGGAAAGACAAGCCCCCAGCAUCGGAGCCCCCAGCAUGGUCCGAAACAAGUGCGAAACCAUCUACCACGAGAGGGGAGAAGCGUGGAGACGAUGCUCUCAAGGCCCCUGCAUCUUCAAAUAGCCAGCCAUCGCCGAUAAGCCGGUCGAGUACCAUCCGCUCCACCACUGAGCAGCGGCGUGAUUGGGCUGCCGACCGUUCGCCCCUUCAAAAGCUCGAAGUCACUUACACUGGCGCUAGCAAGGAAGAGAAACGAGCGCGGGCUCUAGAAGCUGAAAUGAAAUUGAGAGAACGGAUGAAACGGGAAGCUGAUAGUCGCGCAACAGCAUCAGCGCAACCUUUUGACAUGCCAGAGCAUACGGACCAGCCAGUGCCAAGAGCAAAGCGCUCACAUCACCGACAUGCAGCUUCCGAAGGGCAGGCGGGAUACAACCCCUCUGGACAAAACCCGUCUGAAAGAGCGAGACCUCCUCGCAGCAGAGCACCACCGCCUCAGAGCGCUGCAGAGCAGCCGUUUGAAGAGGCUCGGUAUGUUGAUGAGAGACUACAAGAUGCGCCUGUGAGAAGGGGCAGCGCUCCUAGGCGAACGGUUUCGGUGAAACACCAAGCCCAAGGUCCCCCGAUGGGCCCGCGGGCGAUGAACCAGGGCAAACAACGGGAUGCGCAAGCUUACCCGGCUGUUGCUCAAGACCCAGCGGUUCCAGAACAGCCUAGGAUGGCGGUCCCAUCCAGAAAGGCUGUCCCGAAUCAACCCCAAAGCCGUGCACUGCCAUAUCCUGAGCUGGCGGCCCUCCAGAACACGUCACCUCCACAACUUGCCCCGGAGAGAGGGCCUGCCAUACAGGGGACAACUGCCCAGCAGGGAAUCAUGAAGAAUCCUACUGGAGUUGCACCGGGCUUUCCUAUACCUGCCAAUGUUAGCAUGGAGCGUGGAAUGGGCGAUACCAAUCCGAUGAUGCCACAGAGUGCUGUAAUGGAGACAAGCGCGCUGUCGAAGCCCAAGGUUUCGUUUAAUGUGCCACCGCCGACACCCCCUCCCCUAUUCGAGUGGCGGACUGCGUCCGUGGCCAGGCUGGGAGCAUCUGACUUCGAUUUCCAACGAUUUGAUGCUGAUCGAAGCAAAGCCUGGUGGGAAACCGGGGAAAGCAACGACCGCAGAACCAGUCGGGCCCUGCCGAAUAGCUUUGUCCAAAAGCCUUCCGCUCAAAAACAAACCGGUAAGGAAUUGGGGAAACGGCGCAUUGUCACGAGGUCAUCGGUCACUGAUGAUAUGCUAUAUACAGGCAACAAGCGCUUUCAGCCGUCGAUUUUCCUACAGAGUGGACCUCUGCUCCGCUAUGCCGGUCUGAAGCGGGUUCGAAUUGAUGGGCCCAAUGGUCCGUUCAACAAGGAGACCUGGAGAGGCAGUGUUUUGAUCGUGACACAAGACUCGCUUUCCUGCUAUGAGUCACGCCCAACCCUGAGGCUGUUCGCCCAGGCGAUGGAUCUCCUUGCUCCUCCGCCGGUCCAGGUCAACGGGGAGGAUGCUCAACUGGCACCCGAGUAUGUUGAUCCGGCUGCGGGGCUGAUGAAGUUGGGACGGGAUGGACGACCUCUCUACGUCAAGCCGGUGGAACAUACCGUGGAAGGGGAAGAUCUUUCGUUUGUUGAAAAUGAUGAUGGAAUCUAUGAAAUGUCCCCCAGCAUCAUGGACUACAGUAGUGAGGGCGUCGGGCAGCCCAUCCCGGCCAGUCGCCUCCAUCCCAUGGACGGAGAGGCAGCUGGAAGUUACAAAGAGAUCUCCGGAGCUCGUUUGUACGCGGAUCCGGGCAGGGAUGUCACAUUCUGGAGGUUCAAUAUCGAGAUUGAACUGGGCCCUACUCAACAGCGGGUCGCCUACCGCCUGAACCAGGGACCGGCCCUAGGCUUCUGGGUGCCAGCCCGAGGCCAGUCCAUGAACGUCAUGUUCCAUACCGGCAAUGGUUUUAGCCCCGCGGUGGAUUCCAACAAGCUCAGUGGUCCAGACCCCCUCUGGCGCGAUGUCUUGAACGAACACCAGACUCGCCCGUUCCACGUGAUGAUCGGGGGUGGCGAUCAGAUCUUCAACGACAAGGUGAUUGCGGAAACGGCCCACUUCCAGGAGUGGGUGAAGAUCAAGAACCUGAGUGAGAAGUACGAGUCACCUUUCACAGCCGAAUUCAAGGCUGAACUGGAGGACUUUUACUUGGAGAACUACUCGGCGUGGUUUUCUCAGGGCCUGUUCUCCCUCGCCAACUCGCAAAUCCCCAUGGUCAACAUGUGGAAUGACCAUGAGAUCAUCGAGGGAUUCGGCUCCUACCCAGAGGAGUUUAUGAACUCGCCGGUCAUCUCGGGGCUUGGCAGCAUUGCGUUCAAGUACUACCUGCUGUUCCAGCAUCACAGCGUCCCCGAGGAAACCGAAGCGGAGGAGCCCAGCUGGAUCCUUGGCGCCAAACCAGGACCGUAUAUCAACCAGCGAAGCCGGCAUUUGUUUAUGUCUCUGGGUGACGGGGUGGCAUUCCUGGGGUUGGAUUGUCGGACGGAGCGAAUGACCGACGAAAUUAUCUGCGAAGAGACGGGCGAGCUGAUCUGGGACAGAUGCCAUCAGGAGAUUGUGCGGGGUGAAACCAGACACCUGAUUGUGUCGCUGGGUAUUCCGCUUGCGUAUCCCAGAGUGGCCGUGGUGAAGAACAUCCUCAACAGCCGCAAGUCCCUCGGAAAGGCGGGCCUGUUUGGCGGCCUGGUGAACAAGACCGGCGCCAAGGUCGAGAUCUUCGACGAUCAUUGGACGGCCAAGCGUCACAAGGCCGAGCGGACAUAUCUGAUCGAAGAUCUUCAAGAUCUGGCCGCGGAGAAAUCGGUCCGGGUGACAAUUCUGAGUGGCGAUGUGCAUCUGGCGGCAAUCGGGCAGUUCUAUUCGAACCCCAAGCUGAACGUGCCCAAGGACCGGGACUAUCGAUACAUGCCGAACGUGAUCUCGUCCGCCAUUGCUGACAUGCCCGAGACGGAGAUGAUUUCCGACACGCUCAACAAGCGCAAUCACGUGCACCACAUUGACACCAACACCGACGAGGACAUGCUCUCCAUAUUCACCCACGACGUGAAUAACAAGCCCCGGAACAACAAGCGGUUGCUGCCACGACGGAAUUGGUGUUCGAUCCGGGAGUACCAGCCCGGUAAGUUCCACCCCCAGUUGCUCUUCUCAUCCGAGACCGGCAAGAAACUUUAUCUGACCGGUCUCUAGGCUCUACACCCCCCGCGACACCGCAAUUUGGAACCGCCGAGGAAGAACCUCGCCCGGCCAAGCUGAAGCGGACAUUGUCGCUUACUCGCGGCG